AAAUGCUAUCACACCGCAAUCUAUUAUUUCCAAAAGACUACAUGAGAGAUCUGUUUUUGAUUUGCACACAGGUGAAUCCAUUUAAUGUGAUAUCGAGAACAUUGACUUUGGAUUAGGGAUUAGUGGAGGAUUGUUUUACUUAUUGUGGAGUCACUGUCAACACUGUAUCAUCAGUGUCAACACUGAUUUUCGGUGUUUAAUUCGGCUGGAAAGAAACAGAAAUCCAACGUCUGAGCACGAGAUCACUAUGACAAAGGCAGUUUAGUAGUCUGACAAACAUCAUUUUGACAGGCUUCAGGUUUUUGUCAGAGGCUUUGCAACUGGGGUGAAUAUAGAGAUAAAUUCUUAAAACUCUUUGUUCGCUAUUUCCAGGAUGUAAUUGACUGUGAUUUUUAUAGAAAACAAUAUUUGUGCUCAUAGAGCUCAUCUGGUAGCGGAAUUUCCGCAAAGUGAAAAUAUUUACCUGUUGAAUUGAUCAAUCAGAAUUCCAAUUUAAAUCUUUUAUAGCAUAUCUAUGAAACUUUUAGGAGGACAUUUCAAUUCUGCCCAUUCCUUAUCCAGAAUCACUCGGGACUUGCAGUUGCUAGAGGAAUAGGACCAGUUGCCACCGAGAUGCUCCAUUUCCAGUAUGGUAUCACAUUGUGAGAGCUGUAUAACUGUAAAGAAAAUGAAGCUGUCUGACAGUGAGACAUGCAAAUUUGUGUCCCUUUAUCGGGAACAUGAAUGUCUAUGGAAUGUCGAUAGCGCUGCAUAUAAAAACAAAAAUUUAAAAAGAAAGGCUCUGGAUACCAUGACUGAAGCCAUUUCAUCUGAAAUAGGUCUUCAAGAUUGGACUCCUGAGCUAGUAAAGGCUAAGAUUAAAAGCCUUCGAGGAACAUAUAAUAUAGAGAGCAGAAAAAUUAGAGCCUCCGAAAGAUCGGGGAUUGGCGCUGCAGAAGUUUAUGUACCGAAUCUCAGAUGGUUUCAUAUAAUGGACGAGUUCAUGAAUGUGGUGAAAGAAAAGAGGAAUACGACAGACAAUUUGAACCUCAGCCAACUGUUGAGAAAGCAGAUGCUGAAAGGAAUGGUGUGGAGAUCAUCUCUACAUCAACACCAGCGAGUACUCCUCACCUUCCUUCAAUGUCGACUCCUCAGUCUGAACGAGGCAGAACCUCAUUUGGGAAAAGAAAAAAGAGGAAUAGGGACUUGCUUCAAAUAACUGGGGAUAUAAAACAACUUGCGGACAGACUGAAUAUAGAUUCAGAUGAUGAAGUGGAUGCUUUCGGAAGAUCCAUCGCAUUACAUAUUAAAAAACUGAAGCCUGAAUCAGCGAUUCAGGCACAAUUGGAAAUACUAGGCAUUAUCAGCAAGUACCGGCUGCAUGA